AGGUUCAGUCUCUGAGCAGCCAUUGAAGGGGAAGCAACUGCGGCUCCGAGUGUGUGUGUAUGUGUGUGUAUGUGUGCGUGCGUGUGUGUGCGCGCGCGGGUGUGUGGACAAGGAGGUGGGGGCAGCUGAGUUAGAGUCCCAACUCCUUGGACUCCAUUUGCUAUUCUUUCUCCUUCACACCUAACUGGUGAUAGUAGGCGUUUAUAUUUGCAUUUCUUUUCAUUCAUUUCCAAAUCUUUAAAAUUUUUUAGGGUUGGGGGUAGUGGGAAGCGCAAUAAAGGGCAAGGGAGGAGAGUAGGGGCAGAAGAGCAGGAGGACAUGGAGAUGAAGAAGAGGAUUAACCUGGAGUUAAGGAACCGAGCCCCGGAGGAGGUGACGGAGCUGGUGCUUGAUAAUUGCCUGUGUGUCAAUGGGGAAAUUGAAGGCCUGAAUGACACUUUUAAAGAACUGGAGUUUCUGAGUAUGGCUAAUGUGGAACUCAGUUCCUUGGCUCAGCUGCCCAGUUUAAAUAAACUUCGGAAGUUGGAACUCAGCGACAACAUAAUUUCUGGAGGCCUGGAGGUGCUGGCAGAGAAAUGCCCAAAUCUGACCUACCUCAAUUUGAGUGGAAACAAAAUCAAAGAUCUAAGUACAGUUGAAGCUCUGCAAAAUCUUAAAAAUUUGAAAAGUCUGGACUUGUUUAACUGUGAGAUCACAAACCUGGAAGAUUACAGAGGAAGUAUUUUUGAACUGCUGCAGCAAAUCACAUACUUGGAUGGGUUUGAUCAGGAGGAUAACGAGGCCCCGGACUCUGAAGAGGACGACGAUGAAGAUGGUGAUGAAGAUGAUGAUGAGGAAGAAGAUGAAGCUGGUCCCCCUGAAGGAUUUGAGGAAGAGGAGGAUGAAGAAGAGGAGGAUGAGGAUGAGGAUGAAGAUGAAGCAGGCUCAGAAGUAGGAGAGGGAGAAGAAGAAGUGGGCCUCUCCUACUUGCUGAAAGACGAGAUUCAGGAUGAAGAAGACGAUGAUGACUAUGUUGAAGGAGAAGAAGAGGAAGAUGAGGAAGAAGAAAGUCUUCGAGGGGAGAAGAGGAAACGAGAUGCUGAAGAUGAAGGCGAGGAAGAUGACUAGGUCCUCCUGAGACCAGAGGCCUGCUGUUGCUGGUGUGCAAUGGAGUGAUCACCUCUUCCUCGUUUCUCUGUGUAUAAUAGCUGUCCCUUCAGAAGAGAAUGUGUAACUUUUUAUAGAAGUUUGGUUUUACUAUUUUUGCCUUAUCAUUCCAAGUAAGAGUUACUAGUCUGCUAAUGAUCAUACUGUAUGUAGAGAAUCCUUGCCAUUGUUUUCCGUUGUGCGAAUUCCUAGAAUUUAUUUAGAAUUCAGUUUUCUAAUUCAGGCUCAAUGUAUUAGUCUUGUUUAGCUCAUAAUUAAAACAUGAUCGCUUUUACACAGGUGUAGUUUGCUGCAUUUCAUUCAUGUGGUUUUAAGGUUAUUUAUAAAUUAACUAAGAUUACAGUCCAUUGUGAUAUGAAAUAACAGUAGUUGCUUGAAUAUGUUGGUUGUCUUUUUACAGGGGUGAUCCAGAGAUCUCUACUUGAAGGAAAUGGUGUGUAUUUGGACUAAGGAUAUUUGGGUGCUUUUCUUCCGGGGGACGGGUCACAGGAAUAAGCAAACAAGCAGAAUUGUAAAGGUUCUGUUCAGCAGUUGUGUUCACGGGUUGUGUGGCAGUUCUAUUCAAUAACGUAGUUCAUGGGUUUUCUUGUGGCCGAUAAUAUUUUAUCUUUGGAAAGUUGCUUAGACUAAACCUAGAGACCUGCAGGCGCCUUCAUUCAGACUGCAGAUCGUGACAUGCCAACGCUCGCUUCUUUUGUUGUUUCUUAGGUGUGCAUUCUUUUUUCUUAGCAAUUCCUUUAUGAUCACCUUCUCUCAUUGUUUCACUCCCCUCUCUUUAUCGCAGAGUAGGAGACUUGUGGAGGUAGAUACCCAGGAAAACCUUUAGUUUUAUACCUCACCUCCCUUUUCAGACCUGAGUUUUAAACAAGCAAAGGGAAAGAAAUUGACUCUUUUCUGGGGCACAGGUAAUAUUAUUGACAUGAUUUUAUGCAACAAGUGCUGUUCACCCCCAGCCUUUCUCGGUUGACACCAGAUGGGACUGCGUUUCUUGAUCGAGAACAGGUGAGGUUCGUGCGAGGAAGUUGAAGAAAGAAGAACCGCAGAGGAGGCCUUUGGAAGCUGCGUGUGUGUUCUUCACAGUCAGCAAAUUACCUGUUUAAUAAUUCUGAGAUAUUCAAGUCAAAUUUUUGAUUUGACUUAUCAAAUAUUUUGCACUCUGCAAAGUAUUGAUAGUUUUUUUCUGAGUAGAAUCUAUUUUUCCUGUAGUUUUAAAGCGUUAUGGAUAUUUCCUUUAAUUGAAAUAUACUAGGUGUCUGGAAAAAUAUUUGAAACUAAAUUGAUACUAAAAUUACGAUUUGCUUUUAAGUGGAUGUCCAUUAAAAAUACAAACCAUUUGGGAUAUGUGUGUGUGUGUUUCCUUAUGGCUACUAAAUGAAACUUAAUGAGUACCCAAGUACAUUAUCCUCUGUCAUGAAGCUCCAUGUUCAAGCCAAUUGCUUUAGUGUCAGCUCUCUAAAACUUCAAGUAUUUUGUAAGUUUUUAAAAAGUGUCAGCAUAUUAAUUCAAGUUAUGCUUUCAUAGUGGAACACGUUAACUAGGUGUAGUAUUUCUGCUGCUUUACUAGUUGCUAAAAUGUAUGCAUUGAAUUUUAAAGUAAAAGUAAUUUGUGGAGAACUAAAGAAGUUGCACAAAUGACUGAAAUGAGACCCUUGGGGUAAGUUCAGUGGGGGGAUUGGAAUCUUCCAAAAGUCGAACAUUUUCCUCCUAUUUUUAAGAGUUGAAAUGCCCUGUUUUAGUCCCUAAGAAUUUUCAUUGCGUACUAUGCCAGAUGAUAAAAUACUUAUUUUUAAAAUGAAAUCUAUAUAUUGACUUUCUUAUAAGUCACUAUGUUGUGCAAUCAAAAUGAAGAGUUCCUUGGUUUGAAAACAACACUUCGAGCCUCCAGAUGACUUUUAAGACUUCCUUGGUUUUGUGGGUGGUAUUUUCAUGCACAUAAGUGAGGGGGGGUUUUAUAUCUUGUAGAUGUUUUGAAUCCUACUUGAAUGCUCUUUGUAUGGCAGUCUGUAGAUAGUGUGCUAAUUUCCUCAAGACUCUCUCCUUAAAAACUUUAAUACUUUUGUGCAACUGUGUUUUGAAUAAAGCCAUGACAGUGUUAAAAACAGACAAAAUACAGUAUCUUGAUCACUCUGUUAUUGUUUGACUUCCCCUUUUUUUCUGUGACUGCUGUAACUUGUAAGUUUUUGAAACUGAAUUGCUUCAAAUAAACUGAAGAUUUGUUAUAA